CGGCCAUUUUGCAUAAAUUUCGACGGCAGACACAAUUUCGCCGAAGAUUUUUAUAAAUUUUCCGCAUAAAAACGCAAUAAAAUUGUGAAAAUUUUGUGUUAAACUCAAGUUAAAGUGUUACUGUGUGAAAAUUAUAUGAAUUAAUAAUGGCACGUUAUACCCAACGACCGGAAAAUGCUUUGAAAAGAGCGAAUGAAUUUAUUGAAGUGGGCAAACCAUUGCGUGCCUUGGAUACUUUGCAGGAAGUGUUUCGUAACAAGCGCUGGAAUUAUGCCUACUCCGAAACAAUCAUUGAGCCCCUCAUGUACAAGUACUUGUACUUGUGUGUGGAACUUAAAAAGUCUCACAUUGCCAAGGAGGGUUUGUUCCAAUACCGUAACAUGUUCCAGUUGGUGAAUGUGAAUUCUUUGGAAAAUGUUAUUCGUGCUUACUUGCGUAUGGCUGAGGAACAUACCGAGGCUGCCCAAGCUCAAUCAUCUGCAGCUGUGGCCGUUUUGGAGUUGGAUGAUUUAGAUAAUAUUGCCACCCCUGAAAGCAUUUUAAUGAGUGCAGUAUGCGGUGAAGAUGCUCAAGAUCGUUCGGAUCGUACCAUUUUGUUGCCAUGGGUAAAAUUCUUGUGGGAAUCUUAUUGCCAGUGUCUGGAGUUAUUGCGUAUCAAUACUCACUGUGAAGCUUUGUAUCAUGAUAUUGCACGCAUGGCUUUCAACUUCUGUUUGAAAUACAACCGUAAAAGUGAAUUCCGUCGUUUGUGCGAUAAGUUGCGUAAGCAUUUGGAGGAUAUUUGCAAGAGCACCAAUCAAAAUACUGGUGUGUCAAUUACCAAGUUGGAAACUCAACAAUUGUGCCUUGAAACUAGGCUAUUUCAAUUGGAUUGUGCCAUUCAAAUGGAGUUGUGGCAGGAAGCCUACAAAGCUAUUGAGGAUAUUCAUGGUUUGAUGGCUUUGUCGAAGAAAACUCCGGUUCCUAAAACCAUGGCCAAUUACUACCAAAAAUUAGCAAUGGUUUUCUCCAAGGCUGGUAAUCAGUUGUUCCAUGCCGCUGCAUUACUUAAACUUUUCCAAUUGACUCGUGAAUUGAAGAAGAAUUUGACUAAAGAUGAUAUGCAACGCAUGGCUUCUCACGUAUUAAUCGCCACCCUAUCCAUUCCUUUGCCCUCGGCGCAUCCUGAAUUUGAUCGUUUCAUUGAAGCCGAUAAGAGCCCCUUGGAGAAGGCUCAAAAGUUGGCUGUUCUAUUGGGUUUGCAACAACCUCCCACUAGAGUCUCCUUGUUGAAGGAAGUGGUGCGUCUUAAUGUACCUCAAUUGGCUUCUGAGGAAUAUCGCAACUUGUACAAUUGGUUGGAAAUUGACUUCAACCCUUUGAACUUGUGCAAACGUGUACAAACUGUUGUGGAUGCCAUAGAAGUAAAUGCUGGUGAAAACAAUCCUCUGGCACCCUACAUCCGUCCUUUGAAGGACGUUACUAUCAUGCGUUUGAUACGUCAAAUCUCUCAAGUAUACGAGAGUAUUGAAUUUGAUCGUCUCCUUAACAUGGCUUCUUUUAGCACCAUUUUUGAAUUGGAAAAAUUGUUGGUGGAUUCUGUACGUCACAAUGACAUGCAAAUCCGCAUUGACCAUCAAAAACGUUGCAUUUACUUUGGUACCGAUCUUACCGAAAGUCAGCGAGAGGACCAUCCCGAUGGACCGAAUUUACAAUCUAUGCCCUCGGAACAAAUCCGUUCCCAGUUGGUCAAUAUGUCAUCGGUGUUGCAUCGCGCAGUUUCGGUUGUUUAUCCCAAUCGUGAACGCGACCAACGUGCCAAAUUGCGCACUCAAAUGGUGCAACACUAUCAUGAAAUCAAGAACCGUGAGCAUCAACGCAUUCUUCAGCGUCAAAAGAUCAUCGAAGAUCGUAAAGAAUUCAUUGAGAAACAAAAUAACGCCCGUGAGGAAGAGGAGGCGCGCCGCUUAGAAGAAGAGGCACGCAAAGCCAAGUUGGCCGAGCAAAAACGUCUCGAGCAAGAGAACGAGGAGCGGGAGCGCAAACGUCAUCAAAACGAAAUUCAAGCUAUCAAGGAGAAGAGCUUAAAGGAGAAGGUCCAACAAAUUUCUCAAACCGCCCAUGGCAAGAAAAUGUUGGAAAAACUCGAUCCUGAGAGCAUUAAGAAAUUGGAUGCUGAACAAAUCGCCGCCAAGGAAUCAGAAGAAUUGCAACGCGAACGUAAGGAGUUGCAGAACAAACUUAAAUCUCAAGAAAAGAAAAUCGAUUACUUCGAACGUUGCAAACGCAUGAAGGAAAUUCCUCUAUUCGAGAAAUAUUUGAGUGAGAAGAUGGUCAAGGACAAGGAGUUCUGGGAAGCCCAAGAGGCCACACGCAUAGAAAAUGCCAUAGCUGAGCGCAAAGAUGCCGUUAUUCAACAAGAACGUCUUAAGCGUAUGCAAUCAGAUCGUGACACUUUCUUGGACACUUUGAAAACCGAGCGUGCCUCUGUGUACGCCGAGAAAGUCCAGCAAUUCGAAAUUGCCUUGGCGGAAGAGCGUAAGAAGCGUUUGGCUAGACGUGUUGAGUUGCGUCGUGAGCAACGUCGCCAACAAUGGUUGCGUGAAAAGGAAGAGGAGCGUAUGCGUAAGGAAGAUGAAAUCCGUCGUGCUAAGGAGGAAGAAGAACGCAUUAUUGCCGAGGCUCGUCGUAAGGAACGUGAAGCUGAGGAAGAGAAGCGUCGCAUUCAAUAUGAAAAACAACGUGCCAAGGAAGAGGAGGCCGAACGUAGAAUCCAAGAAGAAAGAGAACGUUUGUCUCGUGAAGUUGCUGCAGAACGCGAACGUGAGAAGCCCACUGACAAAGUUUGGCGUGUACAUGGUGGUGAACGUGAGCGCGAUAGUGGACGCGGUGAACGCGCUGAGCGUGGUGAACGUGCCGAAAGAGGUGGCGAAAAUAACGAUUGGCGUCGUGGUGCUCAACCUGAGCGUGAACGUCCCGCUCCACGUAAGGAAGCUGGCGAGGGUGGAGCUGAUGGCGGCUCAUGGCGUGUGCGCCGUGAACAACAGGAAUCUGCCCGUGCUGCAGCUGGAGCUGCUGGAGCUGGUGCCGGAACCGGUACCGGAGCACGUGAUGACAAAUGGCGUCGUGGGGGUGCUGGUGCCGGUGCCGAUGAGGAACGCAGUGGUCGCGGUGGAGAUUUCCGUCCACGAGGUGAUCGCGAAGAACGUCCAAGAGGUGGUGACCGCGAAGAACGUCCAAGAGCUGGUGAUCGCGAAGAACGUCCACGUGGUGGUGAAUUCCGUCGUGGUGGUGGUGAACGCGAAGACCGCCGUGAUGUCCGUCGCGAUGAGCAAUCUACUGCUGGUAACUGGCGUGAUGCUCCUCGUGCCGCUGACCGUGACAAUCGCCGCCCUGCUGGCGAUCGUCGUGAUCGUGGUGCUGCUGCACCCGUUGCUGGCGGUAAGGAUUCCGGAAAUUGGCGCACUGAACGUCCUCCCGCACGUGAAGAAAAAGAGAAACCUAAAAGAGAACCCCAGCAAGAUAAAGAAAACAAAGGCGGUGAUGAUGAUGAUUGGGUUAGUGUAAGACGUCGUUAAACGAGCCCCCGACUAACAUUUUAUAUAUUCAACAUUAUUAUAACUCGAGCAAAACUAUAUGCCUCCCUCCUGCAUUUUUUUCUAAACACAAAUUUUUUAUAUACAUGCCCUCUUUUUUAAACUGUAUUUUAUUCUUUUAAUUUUAAGCGUUAUAUUGUCUCAAGUGUGACAAAGUUUAUGUGGAGAUGGAUGCAACGCAAAAGAGAAGAUAAUUAUGAUAAAGACUUUAAAAGAGUUUGCCAUUUAUAUUUGCUCCUUAAAAAUAUAUACUUAUAAAAGCCAAUUAACACUAUUAUAUACAAAGUUGUAUUCGAUAUUCUAAAAAUUUUUAUUUUUCCAAUAUAGAAUAUACUCCAUAUAACAACAACGUCAAGGAAAUAUAAAAACAAAUUACAUCAAACAUAUUAUAUACAUUAUUCUAACAAAAGAAAUGAAAAGACGUUACAUAAAUGCAUAUACGUCUUUUAAAAUUUAUCUAUCUACAUUUAAAUAAAUUUAAUUACAAUAUAAUAUGAAAAUAAUGCUCGGAGGAGAAA